AUGUCAACUGCAUUAGAUGUGUCCAAGUGGAAGCACCUACCCCCUCCUCCAGGGUUUGCAAACUCUGUGUCUUCCCAUUCUAAGACAUCUAGCAAAUCCGCUUCAGAGGCGCGCCCUGCGACGGCGUCAUACGAAGAACUGAAGGCUAAGCGGGCAUGGGACUUCGCAGUCGCGCCAGCCAAAUCUCUCCCCAUGCAAGCCUUCAUGCUGUAUAUGUCCGGAGGCGGCGUCCAGAUCUUCAGCAUGGGCAUCGUAUUCAUGCUUCUCUCGAGUCCGUUCAAGAACCUCGCGUCGAUCAACAGCGCGUUCGCACCAUUCGCACCUGCAUCUUCGUCACCAAAGGCCUUCAGCACUCUUUCAUUACAGAAGGUCGCAUAUAUCCUCUGCAAUCUCCUAACCCUCGCACUGGGCCUCUGGAAAUGCCGUUCUAUGGGACUGCUACCUACGGGUACGGGAGACUGGCUGGCCUUCGAGACUCGAGGACAGCCUCCAGAGAUAUUGUUGGUCUGA